CGAUAUCGUUGGUUUAAUGACAUGAACUGAACUUAUGGGUGGUUAUAACCCGUGCCAGCAACCAGAUAGAUGAGCGAUGAUGGUCGGUAACACGUUCAGCAUUCUUUCCCAUAAAAAAGAAGAGAUAGAUGUUCGUUUGAUCAAACACCUCAAUUCUGCCAUUCAGAAUUCACAUAGUGGGCAUAACAUUAAAUCGAUUUUCAAUACACGAUAGAUCGUCGCCGGCAAGCGAGAAAAUUCCACGGGAUCAUCAUGCCGUCGGUUCUACUUGUCUUGGUCCUGCAACUCUGGGCGCCCACUUGGGCUGCUGGCAAUCAAGAUUUUGUCCAGUGCGUUCAUGAUCACUACUCCUCCAAAACCUCCACCGCCCCCUCAAUUUCUGAGCUAAUCUACACUCCCGGCGACGCUUCCUACACAUCCGUUCUCCAAUCCUCGAUCAUGAAUCCCAGAUUCAACGACACAAGCACAAUCCACAAACCUCUGGCCAUCUUCAUCCCUCAGUACGACUCUCACGUCCAAGCCGCCGUCCUCUGCUGUCGCAAACACGAACUGCCGCUUAGAAUCCGCAGCGGCGGCCACGACUUGGAAGGCCUCUCCUACCUCUCUGUUUUCCCCUCCAAUGAUGACUUCGUGAUGAUCGACUUGACCAAGCUCCGCGCAGUCCACGACGUCAACCUCGAAACAAGGACCGCGUGGGUUCAAUCAGGGGCAACAUUAGGCGAGCUCUACUACGCAAUCUCGCAGAAAAGCAGAGUCCUGGCUUUCCCGGCAGGGUUUUGGCCCACAGUUGGAGUCGGCGGGCAUUUCAGCGGAGGAGGAUCAGGCGCGUUGUCGCGGAAGUUCGGGCUUGCAGCUGAUAACGUAAUCGACGCCAUACUAAUUGACGCCGAGGGCAGAGUCUUGGACAGAGCUUCAAUGGGGGAAGAUUUGUUCUGGGCGAUUCGCGGCGGCGGAGGCAAUACUUUUGGAGUAGUCACGGCUUGGAAAAUCAAUCUGUUACCCGUCCCGCCUUCCGUCACCGUCUUCAAUUUAACCAGAGCGGUGGAAGAAAACGCAUCGGAGCUCGUCCACCGGUGGCAAUACGCGGCGGACAAGCUGCCAGAGGAAGUGAGCAGUUUCCUAGUCUCGAUAUCCAGUAAAACGGCGUCGUUUCAAGGUUUAUAUCUAGGGGAAAUCAAAACUCUGCUUCCCCUGUUUGAAGAAAAAUUUCCAGAGCUUGGUCUCUCAGAGGGAGACUGCAGUGAAAUGAGCUGGAUCGAUUCGGUGCUGUUUUUUCUUGGGUCCGAACCGGUUGAGACUCUCCUCAGAAGGACAGGGGAGCCGGCGAGGAAAGUCAAAUCGAAGUCCGAUUUUGUGCAGGAGCCUCUCCCUGAAGAUGCUGUGGACGGGAUUUGGAGAAUCCUGGCCGAGGUUGGGCCGGGGGAAGGCGUUCUGCAGUUAGAAGCUCAUGGAGGGAAGAUGAGUGAAGUUCCGGAAUUCAGCAUCCCGUACCCGCAUAGAGCUGGCAACGUGUACAUGAUUCAGUACUACGCUUACUGGGAUGGGAAUGGAGUUGAGACGGAAGAGAGGCACUUGGAUUGGAUUCGGAGGCUUGAGGGUUACUUGGCGCCAUUCGUGUCGCAGGGUCCACGGGGUGGGUGAAAAUGAACGUGGAUGCAGCGGUUCUGACGGGUCAAGGAACGGGAUAUGGGCUGGUGGUGCGGGAUGACAACGACAACUUCCUCUGGGCGGCAGUUCGGCGAGAAUGAAUCCAAUGGCCGCCGGCGAUUACAGAGAUCCGAGCCAUUGGUUUUGGUCUCUGUCUGAUGAAAAUGCAAGGUCUUUCACCAUACAAUCCUCGAAACAAAUUGCCAAACGGUGUUCCUGGGGUUGUGGAGCCCGAAGCAGAGGAAACUAGAGUUCGGGCCUUUGCUGGCAGAGUUGGCGAGUGAAUCCCAACGAGUUGGGCCAUUCAGUGGAGUUUCGCUAGGCGGGAUGCUGUGGAAAUUUGGGCCCAAAGGCCCCCUAUUUUUCUAAUGUCUAUCUUGACUACAGACUCUUUAGCCCAUUAAUAAGAUGAUCAGAUUUUUUUUGGUAGAAUAAGAUAAUCAGAUUUGG